GAGAAAAAAAAGACUCUCUUCCGAUUUGAAGAACCUUGUACCGUGGGCUGACAUAGAAUGAUACAAGGCUUUAUCCGGGAAUCCCACUAUACCCUUGACAACCUUACCUUAUAGAGAUCCUGGAAUCCUAGAGGGUCAUGCAGGCAUAUCUGUCGAUCUAACAACACUCUCCGACAGCAUCUAGCAACACUUGGACCACUACUAUAUAAGUAUCCUGUAUCACCACACCUUUGAAUCCUCAUACCACUUCAUUUUGUACACUUUACGCUUUACACUUUACGCUUCACACUUUACAUAUUCACACCGCUACACACAAAGAAGAUCGAGGAGAUAUCUUCACAUUUAGAUAUUCAAUACUUUCGGUGGCACCAUCAUAUAUCAUCUUACAUUUCAAACAACUUGUUAUCCCUCCCUCACCUUGGUGAAUCAAAGUCACAAUGGCUCGUACAUUUUUAGACACUCUCCCGAGAGAGAUUCGCGAUCAAAUAUACGGAUAUGUUUUAUCAUCCCACUCAAGAAGUGUAUAUCUAUCCGAAAGCGUGGUCAAUGACCCCGACUACCCUCAAGAAGAAUAUUCAGCAGCUGGAAAGCCCCCAUAUGUUAUCCGCUCCAAAUCCCAUGGGGAAACCAUACGCCUUUCCUUUUUACGAACCUGUCGUCAAAUUUACCACGAAGCCAGAGUUGUUUUCUGGGAGCAGAACUCACUCAUUCUCGAUGGCAUCCUCCCUCGAACAUAUAUCGAUCACCCCAUACUAGGCAGACUGCCAGGUUCGAUAGCCUCAAUGGCUACCUCGGUCGAACUCAAGAUAGAUAUAUUAGGACGUUCAGCUUUCCGUAGGAAGUCUGAACUGUGCGAAGACAGCCCUUCGCUUGUUCCAUUCGAAUAUCAAUUGAAGGAUCUAGCACGAUGGCCAAACCUAAAGAGAAUAAAACUACAUCUGAGUCUUGGGGAAGACCCAUGGGGUAAUUACGAUGGAUAUGGGCAUAGUGGUUUCGCAAGAUUACUAUACUGGAGACUUAGAGGUGGAUCAAAUGACCAUUGGCAUAACUUGGUCCGAUCAAACAUCAAAGCGUUGGAAGAAGCGGGCGGAAAGGAUGGUUACCUGUCUCACGUCAAGAAAGAAUUGGAUAUCAACACAGGUUGCGCACUUCCAAAUGGCAAUGGCUUUCCUCAAAGAAUGCUAAAGGUGUCUACUGGAUCUCCUGGAGAAGUUCUACAAGAAUUAAGUGAGGCAUGGUUUGGUACUCUAUCAGUUGAUGGUAGAUUAUCUUACCUCGAAGGCGAAGAGAAAGAAGAUAUGUUUGUUCAACAACCAGCACCCCGUCUACCUAUGCUCGACCAUUUCUUCUUCUUUAAAUACGACAUUGAUCGUUGGGUGGAUGGUCAAUCAGGUGUAAGGUUAUGGGGCAAAGCAAAACAAAUUUGGCCAGCAGGAGAUGAGGGCAAACAAGCAAGAAGAGGUGCUUGGGAGGAUUCGGGGAGAAUGGGUUGCUCCUUUGAUGUUAUGCGCGAGAUUCACUGGCCUUGGAAGCAAAUGUCGCCGCCUGACUUUAUUCCGUAAACGUUGGGUUUGAGUCUCUUUCUCAAUUGUUACAUGUAUUACGAGUUUUCUUAUAUCUGUAUCACGUAUUAGGGAGUAUAUCCUCAGCUAGGCGUUGUGGAAUCUUGCUUUUAAAAUCUUUACAAAUACAUAAUUUCUACACACAUCUACCUCUUCAAUGCAAUAAGUUCAUGUGCCGUCAAAUUCGAACA